UUGGUUCAAUUUAAUGCUCCAAAUCUGACACACCGUGAGGAAGAAUCUGGAUGCGAGAUUACCCGCAGUAAUUCUUCUCCCUCGUAUCUUUUUUUUUCUGCCUUGGUAUGGAGAAAAGGACUGGGAAAAGGAAAUUGUUGAUUGAUUGGAAUUAAUGUGGGUUCUCUGCUUUCGAUUGCUUAAUACAAAUAUCCAUGCCGUGUAUUUAGUCUCUGUAAUCUGUGUCAAACCAUCUUGAUGGGUAGCGGCUGACGCUUGCAGAGAACAAAAAGACGUACAAGGGAGAAGAAGAAGGUUGUAUUUAUCUUUCUGCACCCGCAACAAUUCCAUACAAAAGAGAGCAGAGAGAGAUAGAGAUGUGUUCAGUGAGUGAGUUAGCUUCAUCAAUUUGGGAAGAAAUUGAGCGUUCUGAGAGCUACCUUGUCUGCUGUAUGUACGAGAAAGCAGCUUCUCUGGCUUCAUCUGUGUUGAAGCAAAUACGAAAUCGUGACGGUAUUGAAGUUGAAUUCGAUUAUGAUGUUCAAGAGAUGGAAGAAUCAGCUGGUAUGGUACUGGUUCAGUCCUUGGAUCAACUUGGCAGGGCAUCUGAAAUUCUAAGUGAGCUCAAAAGAUUAUUCGUUUCUGUUGCAGAUAUCCCUGUUCAAGUUCUUGUCACUGGGGCAUGUUUUCAGAUAGCGGAAGGUUCAUCUAUUGAAGUCAGAGAAUUUCUAGAGGAUUUCCUUAGCGAGUGGAGCUAUGAGGGUGGAGAAUACUAUUUUCUUGUUGGUGUAGUAGCAGAUAUCAGUUCCAGAAAUAAGCGUGAUGGGCAAUUUGUUUUGGCAGUUAAUAGUUAUUUGGAAGUUGUUGAGAUCUAUGCUAUGACACUUAUUGGGACUGUUUUGAAAAAUAUUGACCUUGCAAUUUCCUGGGUUGAGAAAGCUUCACUGCCAGAGGAUAGACGCCAGGAACUCUUGAGAAGGUUACACUCCAUGUAUUCUGUGAGAACCGCCAGUGAAUCACAAACUUCUUCCUCAUUGUUGCCAGCAGAUAUUGGUCACAUUCGCUCUCCUCUUAAAGAAGCAAAUUCAUUGAAUGGAUCACAGGAAGCCUUGAAAUCCAAUCUUCUUUUUAAUAGAGAGAAUAACAAGAAACAAACACUCUCGACAUUGUCCAAACGAGUGGAGCCAUGUUUCUGGUGGUUCCGUAAUAUCACCUUGAAGUUUGGUAAUGUUCGUUUGGUUGUAUCAAAUGGCAAGAUUAUGAUUGGCUGUUUGAUCUUUCUUGUGUUUUACAUUUUCCGGAGAAAACAAGUUACUUUAAAGAGGAUUGUAACAAUGCAAGCUUCAUCCUUGAAGAAGGCUUUGGUGGACCUUUGGCAUCUUGCAUUUUCAUACCAAGUGAAUCCUUUAGCUGCAGUUCAACCUCUUCCUCCUGCGACACGAGGAAACAAUUGAUAAAGUAUUUGUCAGAAUGAAGCUUUCUUCUACAUUAUCUUGAGUUAGAUGGUGCACCGCCUCAUUGACUGCCUUCAUAUGAGUAUCGGGUUCUAUUUAUUUUUCAUGCGUUAUAUUUACCUUGUUAAGUCAUGAUCCCCCUAAUUCUAUAAGCAAGAAACUGAAUUUUUUGAAAUGGGUAGGGCUAAUCCACAA